AUGAUAGAGGAACAAAGAGAAACCGGAACUGGAAAACAACUGACACAACAAGACGCUCCCAAAGAUGCAACUGGCGACUCUAUCCCCAAAGAUGCAACCGACUCAAUUCCAGGCAAUUCAAAUUUGACGAAUCAGCAAGCUUACACCUAUCGACCAUUGGAUCGCCCUAUCCGCGUGGCUUGUGCGGGUGAUAGCUUGACUCUGGGACGCAUUGGGACGAAUCCUGGAGAAGACUACCCUUCCAUACUUCAGAAUAUGCUGGGCGACGCCUUUGAAACACAUAACUAUGGUGUUAAUUCCGUCACUGCCAUUCGAGGUUUAAACGCAUCCUACAACAAGACUCAAGCCUUUCAAAAUUCCAUUGGUUUGGAUGCUGAUAUCUACUUGCUCAUGCUGGGGACCAAUGAUGCCAAAUAUUGGUCGCAACACAGUCACAAAUUUGCUACAGAUAUGAAAUCAACGAUACAAGAAGCGACAGCGACACGGACAAUAUCAGCCUCCCGAAUGCUAUUAGCGAUACCGCCAUGGGUCAAGAUGGACUACGGUGAAAUCAAGAACGAUAUUUUACUCAAUCAUGUUCAACCAACGAUACAAGAGGUUGCCUCAGCCCAACAGAUACAAUUGGUGGACAUGUACGCGGUGACUUUCAAUCGAUUUGAUUUUUACACUGGCGACAACUUGCAUCUCAAUGCCAAAGGAUACAUAGAGCUUUCUCAAGCUUGGCAGAAGGCGAUCUUGUGCAACUACAAUGGUGUAUGCGAGACUGGGGAGAGUUGUGAAACAUGUCCUCGGGACUGCCGCUUGAAUUGUAUAUGA